AUGGGCUUCCGCGACCAUGGCUACUAUGGCUACGCCUUCAUCGGCGUCCGUCCUCUCCAGAUCAUCUCGCUGAUCGUCGUCGUCGGCAUGGUUAGCAAUUUCAUCAGCGAAGACAGCCGUGCCCAUAUUUCUGCACCCAGCCAGCUGGUCGGCACUCUUGUCAUUGCCUGCUUAGCGCUGCUCUGGACACUUCUCUCCUUCACAGCCUACGACGACACCCACUUUCCUUAUGUUGCCACGAGUGCCCUGGAUGUGCUCUUUAUGAUUCCCUUCAUCGUCAUCGCCGCCAUCUUUGGUGGCCCUCUGUCAUCUACUACAUGCUCCGACUAUCCGACCGUGUCAGAAUCGUCGGCUCACAGCUUCCUUGGUCUUCCCGUCGGCAACGGCGACAUUCUCUUGGUUGGCGGAAACCAGUCAACAUGCAACCAGAUCAUGGCCGUCUGGGGCUUUGUUAUUUCUCUAUGUGUCCUCUUUGCUCUGAGCGCUUUUGCCGCAGGCCUCUUGUUUCUCGGAAAGAGACGUGCCUUGGCUGCGUCCGAGACUCUGCUCGUGGGGAAAUCGAUCGAAUCCCAAAUUGAGCUGGCCGCAGCUCAGGGCAAAGACUUUGUAUCAGAUCCCGGCUAUCCUCCAUACGCAAGCACUGAUCUACAAAAAAUUGGCAACGUGUCUGAUCCUCAAUACCCGCCAUUCGCAACGCCUGACCGCGCUGUCUCCCAACCUUCUCAAUAG